AUGACGGACUUUAAGAGCGGCAAGGCGCGGACGUACGAUCUGUUCAACAGCAUGCCCGGCGGCCGGGCGAGGGCGGUGCUGCAGGAAGAUCCGGACGAUUACUGGGGCACCGGCAGUGCGGCGCUCGGGACGAUAGCCGACCGCCAGACCGCUGCUGUCGACGCCCACUUCGCCGCCGGCCUGGUCUAUGAGUACUACUUGACAGUCCACGGCCGCAGGGGAUUCGACGGCAAGGACACCCCCAUGAAGUCUUUCGUCCACGUGGGCUCAAAGUACAACAACGCCUUUUUCGACGUGGACACGAAUGCCAUGUACUACGGAGACGGCAGCCGGGACCCCUCCAACUUGGCCGCGUGCGAAAAGUACGGGCCCCUCACCACGCUGGACAUCGCCGCGCACGAGAUCACCCACGGCGUCACCGAUACGUCUGCGCGCCUCACGUACACUGACUCCUUUGGCGGCCUCAACGAGGCGACCUCAGACAUCAUGUCUGUGUGCGUGAUGGAUUACGCGGCCAGCAAGGGCAAGCGCCCCGCCGGUGCGGGGGCAUUCCUGCUGGGUGGAGACAUGUGGCGCAACAAGACCUGCCCCAAGCCCUUUGUGCGGGACAUGAAGGACCCGGUGGCUGACAAGUCGUCAUUCUCCUGCUGGAGCCCAUUGCUGGAUCAGAAGCUGGUCAAUGUCGCGGCUGAGCGCCUCACCAAUCCGCUGCGGCCGGUGGGGCUGUUCAACUAUUGCGAGGUGGACGUCCACCACAGCAGUGGCCCCGCCAACCGCUUCUUCUGGCUGCUGUCCAAGGGCUUCUCAGCCUGCCCGAGCGCCGGCAAGCCGGCCUCUAUAGGCAUCCCUGCGGCCUGCAAGCUAUGGUACAGGGCCCUCACGGUCUACUUCACCCCUGUGACGGACUACUUUGAGGCGCGCUUUGCGACAGCCCAGGCAGCGGCCGACCUGCACGGCGCCGACAGCCCAGAGGUGGCCGCGGUGCACGCCGCGUGGGACGUGGUGGGCGUGCCCACGGCGACGGACGGGUCUGGCCCCCAGUGCGACCCAACGUAUGCCACCAAACCCAGCACCUGCUCAGCGAGUCGCUGA